AUGGUCGCGGAGGUGGCGUGCGACUUAGCGUCGCACGCACAGGCUUUGCGCGACGCGUUGGCGCAGUCGCAGAGCAAUAAUGAUCGCCUGGCAGACAUUUUAGGGUCGUUCGACCAGCGGCUCUCGGCCUUAGACACGGCCAUGCGACCGACUCAGGAGCGCACAUAUGCCAUCCGCAAGGCGCAUGUCAACGUGGACAGGGCGCUCAAGGCUGCUGAGGUGGUGCUGGAGAAGUAUGACGUGGCAAGACAGGUGGAGGAGCGCAUUAAAGAAGGUCCCAAGAACGCAUUGGACCCAUACUUGGCAGCUAUUGCGCGGCUGCACGAGGGCGUGGCGUACUUUGAGGCGCACCGGUCGUUCAAGAGCGCGGAGGCGGCUCUCGCCCACUCCAAGGCGCUGCUGAGGGAGGCCCACCACCGCCUGGAGGAUGUUCUGCGGCAGCAAUUGCUGCAGUAUACAGGAGUCACUAUUGCGCUCGGAGAUGUGACCAUCUUCAAUGAGGUUGCGAUCAAACUAGCCGUGGAGCUCGGUGCGUUUGGAGCAACCAAGGAAGGCAACGUCCUUUGCAAGGAUGCAGACCCUGCAAAGCUGCUAAACACGUGUAAGCAGGGCGAGGAGGCGGCGGGCGGGGAGGGCGAGAAGGAGGGGGCCGGGCUGCCGGCGGGCGACCGCAUUCGCCAGCUGGCAGAGGCGCUCAUUCGGAUUGGCCGGGCCGAUAACUGCCUCAAGAUCUACACCGAGGUGCGAGGGACGAUGGUGGAGGCGGGGUUGAAGCGCAUUGCCGUGGAGAAGCUCACGCGCGAGCAGAUGGACGGCAUGUCCUGGGGGGAGCUGGAGAAGCGCAUUGAGGGGUGGCGACGGCAGACAAGGCUGGCGGUGCAUGUGGUGUUCAUGGCAGAGCGAGAGCUGUGCGAAACUGUUUUAGCCGGGCUGGAGCCGCACACAGGCAAGGCGUUUGCGGACCUGGCAGGGCUCACGCUGGGCAUGCUGUUUGGGUUCGGGGAGGCGGUGGCGCGCAGCAAGAAGUCCCCCGAGAAGGUGUCUGUGCUCAUGGACAUGUACGAGACCAUGCGGGAUCUGAUGCCUCAGGUGGAGGUGGUGUUUGCGGGCUCAGCCUGUGAUGCCAUCCGAGGCAGUGCGCAGCAGCUGCUGCAGCACCUGGCGGCGGCGGCCAAGGAGGCGUUCAACAACUUUGAGCUCGCAGUGGAGAGCGAGGACAGCGACAAGGUGCUGCCUGAUGGCGCCACGCACGGCCUCACCAGCUAUGUCGUCAACUACCUCAAAUACCUCUACGACUACCAGGCGACCAUGCAGGAGCUGUUUGGGCGGGAGAACCUGUUUGGCGAAGCCACCAUCCGCAUCUUUGCGGCGCUGCACGCCAACCUGGAGCGCAAGAGCAAGCUCUACCGCGACCCCGCACUCACCCAGCUCUUCCUCAUGAACAACGUUCACUACAUCGUGCACUCCGUCAGAAAGGGCGAGCUGAAGGAGGUGGUGGGGAAGGACUGGAUCGACCGGCAGCGGCGCAUCGUGCAGCAGCAUGCUGCGGCGUACCAGCGCACUUCGUGGAACAAGAUUUUUGGGCUGCUGACUUCAGCAGGUCUGAACGCGGAUGGCAAGGAGGGCAGCGUGAGCCGCAGCGCCCUCAAAGAGAGAUUCCGUGUGUUCAAUGCAACAUUUGAGGAGCUGCAUCGCACGCAGUGCAUGUGGAAGAUCCCCGAUCCCGAGCUGCGAUCCGCCGUGCAGUUGCAGAUUGCCGAGGUGCUGCUGCCUGCAUACCGCGCCUUCGUGCAGCGAUACACUCCGGUGUUGGAGAGUGGGGGUCGUUUCGGCCGCAGCAGUGAGGCGGCCAGCAAGUACAUUCGCUUCACAGAGGAGGGCCUUGACUCGCUGCUCAACGAGUUCUUCCAGGGCCGGGAGAGCCGCAACAUCCUCCUCACCCAACCCUCCGCUGCCCGCUAG